AUGUGUUUGCUGAUGUGUGUGGUGUUUGUCCCGAGGGUUCGCACCGACCCAGUCUCUAAAGUAAAGGACGCUGUUAAAGAAUGUGCUAAAGAAAAAUGGGCCAGCCCCUCCAACUGCUUUGGUUGCCCUUUACGGAACGUCCAUCAACGAGGUCGCCCCACCGCUGCUGAUGCAGCCGCUGACCGGGACUUUGCAACCAUGAUGGCCUCUGUUCGCCAAAUGCGCAAACAGGUCCGGUUCAUUAAUGGCACAUGCAACAAUCUGAAGAAUCCCACGUGGGGAAUGUCAAGAGCAGCCCAGCGUCGUCUACUUCCUGCAGCAUACGAUGACGGUUUGAACCUUCCUCGGUCGCUGGGUAUUGAUGGAAAACCACUGCCGUUCCCACGCAAGAUAAGCAACACAGUCCAUAGGGGUCCGCAGCAGCUUAAGUCACCCAAAUUGACCUUGCAGGCCUCUCCGUUUGGUCAGUUCCUUGACCACGACAUAAUAUUAACGCCACUGAGCACUGCCGGUGGAAUAUUGCAACGUCAGCAGACAAACGAUCUAACGUCAUUCAUCGACGCUUCAAACGUCUACGGUUCUGCGGACGAACGUCUGGCGUUAUUGCGAGAGGGAAAUACACCGUUUAUGAAGGUAGCACAUGGUGCAGAUGGGCCCCGCCUACCUCACGAUCCAGGUAAUACGUGCCGUUCAGACGCGGCCAAUGGUAUCCGAUGCAGUAUUGCUGGUGAACCACGUGUCCACGAAAUUCCAUCUCUGACGUCAUACCACAAUGUGUUUGUGCUCGAACACAAUCGUCUGGCGAAUAAACUUAAGGACUAUUAUCCGGACAACGAAGAAGCGUUUCAGCAGACAAGAAAACUCUUGAUCGGAAUCAUGCAGAAGAUUGUUUACGACGAAUUUCUCCCUGCUUUUCUUUCACCGACUGCGAUGAAGAAGAAUAAACGUGCAAGCUCAAAUAAAUACAAAUACGAAUCAAAGCUUGAUCCCACCGCUGCCAACAUUUUUGGAAUAGCGUUUCGUAUGGGCCACACUUGGAUUCCCACGUUUGAGUCGGUCUACACAAAGAACUUCCAGCCGUUCCGCGAGACCCUUCUCAAUCUGACCUUCAUGGAUCCCAACAUGACCUUUAUACAUUCUGUGAACGGAGGUCCAUCUGGGAUGCAGGGGCUGCCCAUCAGGGACAGGGGCUCUGCUCUCGAGGCACAGAAAACUGACAGAAUUAUCGAAGACACUGUCUGCAGCUAUCUUUUUGUCAACACGUCGGCCGAUACUUCCUUCGAUCUGGCAUCCCUGAACAUCCAGAGGGGUCGCGACCACGGUCUACCCUCCUACAACGAGUUUCGUAAAUGGUGCGGGCUGUCGUCAGUGAAUUCUUUGAAAACCUCCUCACCAAGAGGCCUUGUUGAUCACACCCUUGAGACAAUCACUCUUCUGAAGGCUGCUGGUUACAGUUCGCCCCAAGACAUAGACUUUUUCCCCAGAGCCCUGAGCGAAAAGCCCGUCUUUGGUGGUACCCUUGGUCCGACCAUGGAGUGUAUUAUAGGAGACCAUUUCCGGAGACUCAAGUUCGGAGACAGAUUCUUCUAUCAUAACAAGGACACUGGCUUUAAUAAAGCACAACAGGCCGCCAUUCAGAAUUACAGCCUGACCUCCCUGCUGUGUCAGAACUACAACUUCAACAAGAUCAAUUUUCCAAACGUCUUCAAACAAGCUGACCCACGCAGGAGCUGCCAGAAAAUCGCCGAUAUUGACAUGAAUCCGUUCUGUGUGUCGUCCGCAGCCGGGUCUCAUAGACUCAAUAACGCAGACGGCGCAAACGUCGCAGAAUAAGCAGACGUCUCACCAGACGCAGACGUCGCAGCAGACGCAGACGAUGAACAAGCCGAAUAGUAAUACACUACGCAACCACUGAGACAAUAAUUGAGAAACUAUAGGCAUAACAUCAGUAAUGACAUUACAUGGGUGGUAAUUUAUUUACAUCUUUUCUGAACAAUCUUUAUAUGGACAUGUGUUUGUUUUUGUAAAUUUAAAAGAACUUGUUAUACGUGUGUAAAUUAAGACAUGUUAAAUAUCAUUAUGAUUAUAAUCGGAAAACAUAUCGACACUUAAUCUGAUACGGACUUAACGACUUAAAAACUAUUAAUAUGAAUCUUCUCCUAUAAUA